AUGCAGGUCGAAGUCAACCCUAACGAGGACACUGAAUGGAAUGAUAUCCUUCGUCAACAUGGAAUCAUCCCUGAGAAGCCAAAAGACCCAGAGCCAUUGAUCCAAGAAGCCUUGAUCGCGGCGCAACACAGAGCGUACGAGAACAGACUCGAGGAUAAAGACAUUGAUGAGCUGGACGCUCUGGAGGAUGAAGAGGACGAGGGCUUCCUUGAGCAAUAUCGCCAAAAACGUCUCGCAGAAAUCUCCACCCUGCAACAAACCAGUCUGUUUAACCAGGUCUACCCCCUCCAAAAGGUCGAUUACGCCCGCGAGGUGACGGAAGCUUCAAACAAUGCCUUCGUGCUGGUCAACCUGACCUCUCAAGGCGCCAACGUGGAGUCGCGCGUGCUGACAGAGCUAUGGCGGCACUUAGCCGCCAAGUUCGGCGAUAUCAAGUUCUGCGAGAUUCGUGCGGACAUGUGUAUUGAGAACUACCCUGAGAAGAACACGCCCACUAUCCUGGUAUACAAGGAUACUGAGAUCCGACGACAGCUUGUCACGUUGCGGGAACUGAAUGGCCCACGUACGAAGCUUCCAGAUCUAGAGAAGCUGCUCAUUGAAAUUGGAGCGCUCAAGGAAGACGAUGUUCGUCUUAAGAAGCGGGAUGAUGAGGAGGAUUACCACAAGGAUGAUGAUCUGAACGUUGAGGAUUAUGAUGACGACUGGGAUUGA